UUUUGAAAAUCAAACACUUUUUGCACCAAAACUAAACAAACCAAACAUUCAUUCAUUGAUUAUUGCCUUAAGAGUGGACACAAAGUAUCACUCAUUGGAUCCCAAGAAUGGAUAUUCACGCGACACAAGACGUGACACAAUAUGUGGCUCAAGAGGACACUCAACAGCCGCAAAUGUCAGCCAAAGACUCUUUGGAUCGAUUCGGUGAUGAUUUGUGUGAAGACAUACUUUCUUACCUCACACUCAAAGACCGGUUCCGAUGUGAAUGUGUGUCCAAACAGUGGCAGCGAUUGGUUUACACGACUGUCCGCAACAUCACUAUCACAAGAGAACUGAUGGCACGAAAUAAACCCCAAAGUGAUGGCUAUUUCUACGACAAAACGAUGUCCGCACUCAUGAAGAAGUGCCCAAACAUUGUGUCCAUUGAUUGCCGACAACUCUAUAACGACAGACACGGAAGACGUAUACUCGAGACCAUAGCUGAGUUGAGAGACAAUUGUCGACAUUUACAGGGAAUUGAUGGCUAUUUCUUGCGCUUCGACAACGAUUUCGUGGUCUAUCUGUUCCGUACGUUCGGCCGAAUGAUCACUGAAUUGGUUCUCAAUGGUUACCAAAGUAGGCGAGAAGUGCUCCGAUUGUGUCCAAACAUAUGGUCACUGAAUGUCGACGACUUGUCGCACGUGUUCACCGAAUCGGGCGCUGAGUUGUUGGCGAAGAACUUAAAGCACUUCCAGUUCUCGUUUGACAUCGAUUUCGAUAUCUCUAUGUUUGAUAUAUUUUUGGCGUACAAUCAGUCGCUUAUCUCUGUCAGUCAGAGAUUGCGUGAAAUCGGCAGAAAGUGUUCGAAACUCAAGAGUUUUAAACUCGAAAUGAGUUCACAAACACCACAACUGAAUGUCUAUGUCUUGAGAGCCAUACCACUUAUGCGACGACUGAAGCGAUUGGAUCUAAAACUACAGAUAAUCGAUAACACGAUGACCACUGAUUGGCACGCAUUUGAUUGCGUGAGUGAUUGGCCCAAAGGGUUGACUCACUUAUGCCUAGAUUUAUGGCACAUUCACUUCAAACUGUUCCGACAAUUGGAGACUAAUCUCCGUAAACUGCAAAGUCUUGGCAUAACUACCGGUAAUACACGGAUACAUCCCGAGGACACAUUGGACCGCAUCUCAGGUCUACCGAAACUACAAGAUCUGGUCAUCCGAAGCCCCGUUAGGCUACAACUGGACGAUGAGGUGGUGAUGCGGUUCGCGAUGUAUAGCAGUCCUAAGUUGAGGUCAGUUACCAUCUGCGAGACCAAUGAUUUCGACGGUUAUAAAAAUAUUUGGUUCGGUCCAAUGGUCACCGAAUUGUGUCUCAGAUUUCAAGAAUAUGAACGCGAAGUGAUCCGAUUGUGUCCACAGUUGUGUCGACUAAAAGUCAACCACUUGUCCCACGCCUUCACCAAAUCGGUGGACAAACAGCUGUUGGCGAAGAACUUACGGCACAUUGAGUUUGAUUUGAGCACCGAUUUCGAUAUCUCUAUGUUUGACACAUUUGUGGCACACAAUCAGUCGCUUAUGUCUCUGUCGGUCAGAUGUAUACCGAAAGGUAUUGUAAACCAAUUCCUGACGCGAAUCACACAUUUGCCACAAUUGCAUGAUUUAUCGCUUGCAAUCUAUGGAUGUCUUGACAAUGAGUACCCAAUCGGUGAUAAUUUGCGUGAAAUCGGUAUAAAGUGUCCGAAACUCAAGAGAUUUCGACUCGAGAUGUGUUCACAAACACAACAACUGAAUGUCGAUGUCUUGAAUGCCAUACCAGUUAUGCGACGAUUGAAGCGAUUGGACCUAAAACUAGAUAUACAUAAAAUCGAUUGGUUUGUGAUCACCGAUUGGCACGCAUUUGAAUCAGUGAGUGAUUGGCCCAAAGGGUUGACUCACUUAUCAUUAGACUUAUGGCUCAUUGAUAAUAAACUGUUUCAACAAAUUGGGACAAAUCUCCAGAAACUGCAAAUCAUUCGCAUCUCUGACCCGAAAAGUGUUGUAAACUAUGGUUCAUUGGAUCGCAUCUCAAGACUACCAAAACUGCAGGAACUGGUCAUACGAGACACUCGUGGAAAACAAUUGGACGAUAAAGAUAUGGAAAUGUUUGCGAGGAAUAGUAGUCCAAAGUUGAGAUCCAUUACCAUCAGUACGGGUCUGAAGUUUUAUUGCGGAAAUGUUUUCAUGCAAUUCAGUGACAAACUGAUCCAUGAAUUGAGACAAUGA